AUGUCAGAAAAGUCUAAGGCUACGCCUUUGCAGUCGGUGAUAGCUGGUGCCGCUGCUGGUGGCAUUGAGUCCAUCGUAACUUAUCCCACCGAGUAUGUUAAGACGCGACAGCAGCUGUUGCGUGGAGGGGCCAGCGCAGCACAGUCACCCAUUCGAAUUUUGCUGUCCACAGUGCGAGAGCAUGGUAUCGCUAGGCUGUACACUGGCGGUACUGCAUUCUGCAUCUCCAAUGCCUCCAAGUCCGGCAUCCGGUUCCUAACGUUCGAUACCGCACGCAACGUGAUGCCUAAAGAAACGUCCGGGAAGACGACCGUGCUUGGAAACAUAAUGGCCGGCCUAUGUGCGGGCAUUGCAGAGAGCGUACUGGUGUUGACGCCUGGCGAGAAUAUCAAGACUCGAUUGAUCGAUGAUGCCGCGGGGGCACGAGCUUACAAGUCCAGUACGCAUGUCGUCCGAAGCAUGCUCACAGUCGAAGGCCCAACAAGCUUCUUUCGGGGUGUCUGGCCGGUUACGCUCAAGCAGUCGUCAAAUGCGAUGGUACGAUUCACCAGCUACAACCUCCUAUCGUCCGCAUUGAGCCCUUACACGGGUGCGUCGACUAGCGUGGCGGCGGGUUCGUUGGCCGGUGUCGUUACCGUCUACUGCACGAUGCCUUUUGACAACGUCAAGACACAGUUGCAGAGUAUCGCAGGCAAGGACAUGUACAAAGGCUCGCUGGAUUGUGCGCGUCAGUUGGUGCGACGCGGUGGCCUUCGACUGCUUUGGAAGGGAACUACACCACGAUUGGUGCGCCUCAGCGUGUCAGGUGCCAUAUCGUUCACUGUGUAUGAGCAGUUCACCGCCAAUGCUCGCGCUCGUAUCGAGUGGCUCGAAGAGCAGUUGCGUCGCCACGCUCCUCAAGUGAACUUGGAUGAGGGUCCAAGGGUAGAUCUCCGCUUCCAGGAUGCUGCCAACGUAUCGGCUAUACUUGAAACCAGGUCAGUGGAACCGGAAGACACCGCCUCGCCCCCAAAAAGGACCUUUGCUGCUACUCAAGAUCAAGUGCAGCCGCAAGAGCAACCAUUUGCCACCGAGGCGCGCUCUGUAGCACUGGAUCUCGGUUUAUUGAGCUUGAGCUCAGACUCACGACAGCUCCACUAUCUGGGCACUUCUUCAGGUCGGCUAUUCACUUCGCUCAUCGGCUUAGGAUCGCCUGAGACAACUGCUCAGGCACGAGCAAGCAAUACACCUAGCGUGUAUUCUCAACCCAGUCCUUCCGGAAAACCGGGUCCUUUUGCACAUGCAAAGCGUCUGAAAGAGUCUUCCAGACUUGUCUACGAGACUCUGCGGAAGGUAACUUUACCUGCUCGCGAAGAUGCUCAAAUCCUGCUAGAAACUUACUUUCGCAGCAUUCACGUUGAGCACCCCUUCCUGCAUCCGAGUUCCAUCAUUGAUGCUAUCGAAGCUCUGUAUCAGUGCGCUGCUGCGGAACCGUCUGCAGAGAUUGGCUUCAAUGGCUGGGUUACAACAGUCGAGCCAUUCGCGUACAAUGGAGAGUUCGCCCUUUCGCGGGGUGUCAAUUGCACGCCCGUGUCAGUCUUCACAGCGACGUUCCACGUAUUCAUGGCUUUCACGCUUGCCGCUACGGUGAGAACCCGUCAAAGAAUGUACGACUUUGCGCCAGACCAAUUUUACCGGGCGGCAACUUCGGUUGCUCAUCACUGCUUUUCCAACACAUCGGUGGCCACUCUGCAAGCUAUCCUACUUGCAGCCGUGCACAGUCUGCUCAGCCCAACAGAAAUGAACAUCUGGACCCUAACGUACACUGCAAUGGCACAGUGCAUUGAUCUGGGAUUACACCGGAUGCCCUCAGACGGCGAUGGCGUCUCUAGCCCCGCGGCUUUGACUCGCAAAAUGGUGUUCUUCACCGUAUACCACCUAGACAGAUCUGUGGCCACUAUUCAGGGGCGUCCACUGGGCAUUCGGGAUGAGACGUUUGACGUUCAACUUCCCAGCCUCCAAGAUGUCCAAGCCGAUGCAGCUAAUUUGUGUUCCUCGAACCUGGCUCCUGAGCUAUCUAUACCUGCCAUCGUGGCGUUCUCUAUCCACCGUUUCAAACUGGAUCCCAUUAUCUCGGAGAUCAAGUUGUUAUUCUACCACCUUCCUAGCGAGAUCAGCGCUUACUCAUGGCCUGCUGAUCACCGCGUAACGCAAAAAGCGAUCCGGCAGCGUUUGGAAAAUUGGCGUCGCGAAUUGAGUACCGUAUCGAACAUGUUGCCACAGAACACUGGUGACGAAGAUGACCAGUUAGAGAUGCGCCGCUACGAACUCAAGGUACAAAGUCAGUUCUUCGCAGCCAUGAUUCUGUUGUAUCAACCAUCUCAAAUGAUACCGCAUCCAGGCGAGGAAGCUCUGCUCAUAUGUUACCAAUGUGCAGCCUCUCGUAUCAAUACCUACAACAGCCUAUACAAUGCAGAAGGCCUUUUUCAGAGCUGGCGCAGCGUACAAGGAGUUUUCUCAUCAGGAGCAACCAUGAUCUACUGUCUGUGGACCUCAACUUCUGUACAGAGAUCUGUUCCACUUUCAAGCGCCAUGACAGAUCUCAGGACCUGCACUAAUCUUCUCAGUGUCGGAGGUGAAUGGUGGCCAUCAGUCAAGAGGGGCAAAGAGACAUUCGGUAGGGCCAUGGAUGCACUCCUAAAGAAGCUCGAUCAAUCCAAGUCAUCACCGCAUACGCAAGGCAACGUCCGCAACAGUAACGAACGACCGGUGCGCAAUAUCAUGCAACAACCUGAUAGAGAGUCGGUCAAUUUCGAGGCGUUAGGGCCCGCAAUCGGUAUACAACGAGGUGGUGCAGACCUUUUUGGUGAUCUCAGUACGGCACUGCCAGUAGGGUUUGAUGAGUCUUCCCAUAAUAACGCUUCGAUCGAUUAUUCAACUACAGACUGGAAUCUACUGGACACUAUUGGCGAUCAAUCACUACAGUUCGACGCACACAGCUUCGAUAACAACGUUUUUGGAACCAAUCCGGAGAACAUGGACAGUACUGUCGAAGCUUUCAUCUCUGAAUUCUUACAAAACGACACCACUUGGAACCCUUUCUAG